UGUGACGGAAGCAACAAAAUCAGUAGUACGCGCGUAAGAGACGGUAGUCCCGUGCAAGCAGGCAGCUGGGGACAUACAUCUAGUUUGGCAGCUGGCAUAAUACACAACUCCCUGGGUAGACAGCAAACAAGACGCACAGAGUCUUCGUGUUUAGCAGCACCAUGGCUUCGGCUUCGAAAAUGAACUUGUCGUUUGCUGGCUGCGGCUUCCUUGGAAUAUAUCAUAUCGGAGUCGCCGUGUGUUUUAAGAAGUUCGUACCUCACGUGCUGUUGAACAAGAUUUCUGGAGCGUCUGCUGGAGCCAUCGCUGCCUGUGCGCUCCUCUGCGAGUUGCCAAUUGGUGAAAUCACAACAGAUGUUUUACGUGUUGUACAAGAAGCUAGAAAGAAGACACUGGGUCCAUUUAACCCAUCCUUUAAUGUCCAGAAUCUUUUGCUUGAAGGCCUCGAUAAGGUACUUCCUGAAGAUGCUCACCUAAGAGUGAAUGGAAAAUUGCAUAUAUCACUGACAAGGGUAUAUGAUAGGAAAAAUGUAAUUGUGUCGCAGUUCAACAGCAAGGAAGACUUAAUGCAGGCUCUACUAGCAAGCAGUUUUGUUCCAGUCUUCUCUGGGCUUCUACCACCUAGGUUCCACGGUAUUCGGUACAUGGAUGGUGGUUUUAGUGACAAUCUUCCAACUUUAGAUGAGGACACAGUUACUGUUAGCCCUUUCUGUGGCGAAUCUGACAUAUGUCCACGUGAUACUUCGUCACAGCUUUUCCAUAUAAACCUUGCCAACACCAGUAUUGAACUUUCACGUCAAAAUGUAUAUAGAUUUACAAGGAUUCUUUUCCCUCCUAAACCUGAGACUUUAGCAAAAAUGUGCCAUCAAGGAUUUGAUGAUGCAAUGGCAUUCUUGGCAAGAAGAAAUAUGAUAAACUGUAACCGCUGUUUAACUAUCCAUGCGUCAUAUGAGAUUAAAGAUCCUCUCAAUUUCAGCACAGAGUCAGAAUCAAAUUGUGAAGAGUGCAUUGCACACCAAAGGGCUGCAAAAAUUGCUAAGUUACCAGAAGCUGUUGUCUCAGUUUUUCAAGAUGCUAUAGCUUCAACUAAUAAUGGUUUCACUAACUGGAUUUUCCAAUACAAAGGGAUGAAGCUGUUAUCAAUAUUGAGUUUGCCAUAUGUACUGCCAGUCGACAUCAUGUAUGCCACAUUCACAAAGUUCGUGGCUGCAGCACCACACAUUGGUAAUAACUUAUGGAAUAUCAGCAAAUUUCUGAUUCAGCAGGUGUCAGAACUCUUUGAAAACAUUAGUAAAACACAAAAAUUAGCAGCAUCAAUAAACUGCCAACUUGCAAUCACAAACUUUGGAGGCUCUAAAUAUGACAUUGACACUGGAGUUGAUGCUCCCUUGAAGUCAAAAAUGAAUUUAAACUUCACACUGAAUAUGGCAAGCAGGGAACGAAAGAAUAUAGUCAGAGCUAUAGAACAAAGGAGAUGUAGUUCGGCUAUGAGUGAGAUGCCACUUGAUGACGACACUUUCGAGCAGAUACUUAGAGUGACAUCAGAGCAUGAAACAGUUAUAGGAUUUUAUUACCAAGACAAAAAUAACAGGGUAACAAUGACUGAAAUAUAUGAUGUGACUGAUGUUGAUUUACCUGGAGCACUGUCACCUGAAGAGCAAGAGAACAACACUUACCUGCAAUUUGAUGAAGACUUUGAUGACCCUACCUCAAGUACAUGGCCAUCUCAGCUUACUCUUAAUGGACCAUACUCUCCCUAUAACAACAGCAUGGCUAGUAUUUCUGAUUUAUCACUGGAUGAUGCUGACCAUAUUGCUGCAGAAUCAGCCAAUGUGUUUUCGGAUCCAGAAAGUGAGUGGAACGGUAUGCACAGUAAUGGCUCAUUCUAUGCCGACACAUCACCAGACAAUGGUGAACAGUCAUUACCAGAGUCGGAGCAACAGACACCAGAAACUGAGAGACUAUUGACAAGGAAACCAUCUUAUUUGGUGUUGACAGAUUAAAUGAGUCCACAAAUUAUGUAAAAUGACUGAUGUACUGCACAACACUCAAAAUGUACUGUUGUGAAUUACACUGUGAAGAUAUUCUGACAAUUCAAAGUAGAAUUUCCAUUGAAAACAGUGUGUUUUUAAAUAUUAAACUGUUCAGUGGAGUCAUUGCAUAAUGACAAUAAACCUUGCUGCAAGGACCUGAUAUUUACAUGCCAGUGUUCUUACCAAUAAGUCAGUUGAACAGUUAUUCAUUAUUUAGACUCCUAAAUCAGCAGUACUAAAUUGUGUCAUGUAACUGGUAACUGUAACUGUAACUAUAAAGUGACCUUUCUCUGUUGUGAAAUGUACAGUCCUUCAAAAAAGACAGAGAAAGCAAGUUUUAAGAACAUUGUAAAAGUGUACUUAGUAAGUGGAAGAGUUAUUUAUUAUUUAAUUUAUUUAUUUAUAAAUAAAGUUAUCAUUAAUAUGCGAAUUUUGUAAAAAUGUUUGUAAAUAGAAAUCAAAGCCUCCCAAUACCAUAGAAACGUAAAUUAAUUUUGCCUAGAAUCUGCUUUUAUGAAUGUCUCAAUGUUAAAACACCUAGAAAAAUGUUUUCAAUAUAAAUUUUAUUAUAAUGACAUAAUUGUGGACAUUCUUCUUCAUAUUAUUAUUAUUAUUAUUAUUAUUAUUAUUAUUAUUCAUAACCAAUGAACUGUGAUAACUGUAUAAAUGUAUUAUAAUGUAAAUAUAUGCCUUGUUUUGUAAUUAAACCAUCAUCUUUGAUAAAA